AUGAUGAAGCCUUGGACACACGAAAAUAUCCAAAUGGUGAAAGAGAAGAUGAAUGAUAUGAACCAUAUUCGACCACAUCCAUAUUUUACCACGAAAAUUCACAAAUGCAAGGGCCAGGUACUGGAUUAUUGCACUGCGGACGACUUGUUUCAUAUAUAUCCCAGUAUUCUUGCUUUGGGGGUUGUCCUCAUCGAAAUUGCAGCCCACCAGCCUUUCAGGCCUGAGAACCCUCACUACAACUGGGACGAAACCACCAUAAACGAUUAUUAUGAAUGGGCAUGGACCACAGCAAGCCGCAGUAACUUUGGGAAUGCAAUUGGAGCUGCUUAUGAAGCAGUAGUGAGCAACUGUCUUGACGGCGAACUAUUCAGAGGGGGUUUCAUUGACUCGUCCAAACUUGACGAGGAUCUCGAAAGCAGACGAUCGGUUCUUUACGAGAAAGUUGUGCUGCCUCUUCGGCAGUUAUAUCAUGCAUACAAAGAUGACUGGGAAAUCCAGGAUAUUCCUAAGUCCGAAAUUAACGUUUCUUCAAAGAUCCACCAAAUUGAACACAGCUCCAGUGCCAUGCCAGAGAAUCGCUCCCGAUUCGCCAUCGCUAUUUUUUGCGCAUUACCCUUAGAAUCAGACGCAGCCAGUGAGCUUUUUGACGAGAUCUGGGAUGAAAGAAAAGGCGAGAGCUGUGAUAAAGCAGCCGGAGACGACAACACGUACACCCUGGGCAAAAUUUUGCACCACAACGUCGUUCUCGUCCACAUGGCCGGUAUGGGGAAAGGUGCUGCAUCUCAGGCGGCAUCGAGUAUGCGAUGCAGCUAUCCGGAAAUUAAACUCGCUCUUGUGGUUGGGAUCUGCGGGGGAGUUCCGUCAUAUUCGGAAAGCAAGGACGAUCUCAUACUUGGCGAUAUUGUGAUCAGUGAUGGAAUCGUACAAUAUGACUUCGGGAGGCGAUUUCCCGAUACCUUCUUGAGCAAAGCAGGACCCGAAGUCGUUGCCCGACCUGGCCCCAAAAUUCGCGGAAUCUUGGCUAAGUUGAAGGGGGUCCGAGGGCGAGAGCGGAUCGAAAGCAAAAUUUCUCAAUAUCUCAAGAUUUUGCAGGAUAAGCUUGGACCCAUUAAGGCUGGCUAUCCAGGAACCGACAAAGAUGAGCUGUUUCAGUCCACAUACCGACACAAGCAUCAAGAUCCAGCAGUAUGCAUGCUAUGUAGUAUCUGUGAAGGGGGCACGGAUCCAGUAUGUGAGGAGGCACGAGGACUGAGCUGUCAGCAGCUUGGAUGCCACAAGGACUUGCUGGUCCAACGCGAACGACUACAUGAGCCAUCCAGAAAAGAUUGCGCCCCAAGCCCCAAAAUUCACUUCGGUUUCGUUGGCUCGGGAGAUACGGUCAUGAAAUCUGGACAGCAUCGCGAUCAAACUGCGGCCCAACAUAAUCUUAUCGCCUUUGAGAUGGAAGCUUCGGGGAUUUGGGAUAAUUUGCCUUGCCUUGUUAUCAAAGGCGUGUGUGAUUAUGCCGACAGCCAUAAAAAUAAGAAUUUCCAACACUAUGCAGCUGCCACGGCUGCGGCUGGUAUGAAAGCUGUAUUGGAGGAAUUUACGGCCGGAUGA